UUCGGUUCAUCAUCCAAACACUGAGUUUGUAAACAAAUUCCAACGUCUGGCGCUUAAAAUUUUGUUAGCAAACAGAAAACAAGCAAAAAUUUUACCAUGUCGAAUAGCAAGGAAACGGGAACGGAUUCCGAUCCCUUGGAUGAUGUCAAGUUGAACAGCAGCGAUAGCGUGGCUUUAAAGGACCUGCUGCAGAAGCGACUUUCUGAGUGCGGUUGGCGGAAGGAUAUCGAGGAGCUGAUACGCCAGACGAUCAAGGAGCGCGGCGUGGCCAACUUAACCCACGACGAACUGGCUGCUGAAAUAGUCCCACAUGCUCGCGCUUUGGUUCCCGAAGUCAUUCGAAAGGAGAUGCUGGUGCGCGUGCGCGCUGCCUUGGAAACCUCACUGCCCCCGGAAAAGAACUGACUGCCCAUCCAGAAUCCACCGAACCCAAUCAAUAGGCACUCCGCAUAUCUUAAAUUCUAGCACAUGUGUUGUUGUGGUUUAUUAUCUCGUAUUUAAGUAGAUAUUUACAUACUUAUGCUAGUUAUGAAUUGCGCCUUUAGUUGUACAAUAUGCAUGUAAUAAAUAAACAACCUAAUUAUAGUUAGAA